AUGUUUCUCGGUAGAUAUAGACACUCAGUAAUACGCAUAGGUCGAUUUUGCACAAGAUUACAUAGAUUACAGACUGUUACAAAAGUUAAUAACUAUACUGUGAACCCCAAUAAUGAAAUUGAUAAAACUGAUGCUAAAAAAACUUUAAAUGUUGAUGAUACAACUCGAAUAACAAAUUUAGGUGAAAUUACUAACUAUCUUAUUAAAGAUGGUGUACCAAACUUAUUAUUGAAAAAUUAUAAUGAUAACUAUAUUAGUGAUUCAAUAAAAUUGAGAUUGUUCCCAACUUUAGGAUAUAUCCCAAUAAUUAAUGGAAGAACGAAAUUUAAUGGAUCAAUGAAUGCACUUCGUUUAAUCUUAUCUACUUUCAUUUUGGAUGUCAAUAUUAAACAUUUACAUAUUCAUUCAAUUAAAAAUUCUAUUGAUAAUAGUGAAUCAAAUCCAUAUGCAUACUAUAAGAAUUCACAAAAGAUAAUUGUCAAAUGGUCGACUUGUAGUCCCGAAGAGAAAUGUCACCAUAUUAAUGAUCAAAAUACAGGAAUACAAGCUCAUCAUCGUAUUAGAGAUGAAAAUAAAUUAUCAAAAGGAAAUAAGCAUGAAAAUGUCUUAGGUUAUAUCUUACAACCGACAAAUAAGAAAUUAAAAUCAGCAAAUAUUGAAAGAGAGUAUAAAAAUAUUUUAUUAAUGAAACAUAAUAGGGAAGGUGAACCAAUAUCUAGAGUAUUGCAAGGUAUAUUCAUAUUCGAACUUAAUAGAGAUAAUAGUAAGAUAAUAGUACUUACGAUCGAAGAUAUAGAAUUGAUUGAUUAUAAGAAAAAGUUGAAAGAAAGUACUCCACAUUUUGCUAUUUGUUAA